AUGGAGAAGGGGAAGGAGGGCGCGGUUAAGGCCGGCACACGACGCUACGCCUCCUUCGUUCGCUCCAUUCAGCUGCCUGAUGAUGCGAACAUGGAAAACAUCACUGCCAACACGCAGCACGGUGUGCUGACCGUGCGCAUCCCGAAGGCCGCCAAACCGGCGCCCAAGGUCCGCGAGAUCCCCAUCUCCUGA